CGUGGACGCACAGCGCGCUCGGGCGCCGCUUCUCUGAUUCGGCGGGGAGGGAGGCUCCUCUUUCCGCCACGUCCCGGGCGCUUCGGGGUGGCCGCCACUGGCCGGAGGACAGCCCAGCGCGACUACCAGGAGGGGCGCCCUGGGCUGGUUCUCUGGAGCGAGUCAGAGGGUAGCCGCGGCGGGAGCGGGUGAACAAGCGGCGGGGGAGCAUGCCCGAGGGUGGUCCGGGAGAGGCUGGCGACUGAGCACGAGGCGCCGAGCUGCCAAGCGACGACCGGGAGACCGACUGAGCAGAGAGGGGCUCGGCGCCCGCUCUGGGUCUCUCCCCUGCUCGUGUCCGGGGCUUUCCGGGUCUCAGAUCGUCCGGCCAGCUCGGUGGCGGAGCGUAGAUCCUUUGAGACCAACCAACAUUCAUGAAUCCCACUAGAUUGCAGGAAACCAGCCAAGUAUCUGCAAAUGUCAGAAUUCACUUCAAAGUCUGCAGGUUCAUCAUGGAAGCAGGUGUGAAGUUAGGCCUGCGCUCUGUCCCUAUCGCUACAGCGUGCACCAUUUAUCACCGAUUUUUUAUGGAGGUGCCUCUGGAGCCAUAUGAUCCUUACUUGGUAGCUAUGGCUGCACUGUAUCUGGCUGGGAAGGUAGAAGAACAGCAUUUGCGGACAAGGGACAUCAUCAAUGUGAGCCACAGGUACUUGCACCCUCGGAGUGACCCCCUGGAGCUGGACACACAUUUCUGGGAGCUGAGAGACAGCAUUGUCCAGUGUGAGCUACUCAUGCUACGGGUGCUCUGCUUCCGUGUCUCCUUCCAGCACCCCCAUAAGUUAUCCCUGACAGAUGUCCUCCUCUUUAUGCAGUACCUUCUCCAUUAUUUACUGUCCCUGAAGCACUGGAUGAACCGGCAUAGUUGGGAACGGACCCCGGUGGCUGCAGCAGCUUGGGCUCUGUUGCGGGACAGUUACCAUGGACCCCUGUGCCUCCAGCACCCUCCACAGCAUAUUGCUGUGACAGUCCUUUACCUUGCUCUGCAGUGUUACGGGGUGGAGGUACCUGCUGACGCUGAAGCAGAGCGGCCGUGGUGGCAGGUGUUCAGUGAAGAUCUUUCCAAGCCUGUCAUUGACCAGAUAGUCUUGGAACUGAUACAGAUCUACACGUUGGAUGCAGAGAUCUAAGUGCACUAUGAAGAGAAAGACUUCCAGCCCAGGGCCUCUAGUGAAUUGGCAUGUUUCAAGCUGGGAUAGUGGUGGAAGUAUUAUCUACACUUGAAGGGACUGGCACCAGAGGUGCAUCCCGUUCUUUUGAGACAUCCUGUUGAACAGCAGUGGAGUUGAACAAGUGAAGCACCUUGAUAGUGCUGGGUAUCUCCCGAUUCACUUUCCAGUGUGGAAUUAAUCUGGAACUCAUCUUCCUCUCCCACCAAAGAAGGAUGUUCUGAGCUGAAGUUUGUGGAAUGAUGAAAUGAGUGAAAAAGAUUCUUUUCUUCACCUAUUUCAAGUAAAAUGUGUUGGCCGGACAUUUAACUUGUUUCUGGAAUAAUUUCCCAAGCCUGAGUGCAAGCACUGCUUUGUGCUGACCUUGUUACGAAAUUAGUUGGGUGUGUGGCGUAUCAGAACCAAUAGGUAAACCCUCUGUGUGGUGCAGUAGUAUCUGAAGGGUAGUCUGACUCCAUUGUUGUGUUUUCUUCAGUUCUAGAGUAAAAAAGGAAGCUUCA